AUGUGCCAUCUAGACUUCUCGCAGUUUGCCAAUGUGGACAUCAACGACAUGAACUGGCUGGGCAACCAGACCAAUUUCCGGUUUGACCCACAGCUGUUUGGUGACUACCGCGAGCCGCAGGAGAACAUUCUGUCCAGUGGUGGCUUCGACGACAGCUUUUUCAACGAUGCUCUGGAAAUUGACUUCACCACUCCGUUCAAUAUGGCGCCGAGCCCCGUCGUGCCUGGCGGUAACAAGAGCAAUCUGAUUGCUCAAAUCGACGCAGCCAAGGAGGGCGAGUUCGCCUCGUCGUCCAUUGCAGGCGCGGCCGGCGUUCCGGCUGUGGCCAAGCUUCCUGCUGCUGGCGGUAUGCUCACAUGCAACAAGAUUUGGGAGCGUCUGCAGAAUUGCCCCAAGGUCCAGAACGGUGACUUUGAUCUGGACGGCCUGUGCUCGGACCUGCAGAAGAAGGCCAAGUGCUCCGGGUCGGGUGCCGUCGUUGACGAGACGGACUUUAAGUUUGUCAUGAACAAGUAUCUCGACAAGGACGGCGAGUCCGACUGCGCAAAAGAUCUGAUAGACGACGUCGUCAAGGCGCCUGUCGCAUGA